AUGGUAGCUUCAGAAAUGACAGACCAAGAUGAGAAACAUAUCCUGCAGACACCUUCUAAUACCCGCAUGUCGUUUGAACAACUCACCUUCGAUCCGGAGGGAAAUUCCUUAACGCCUCCUUACUUGCCGACCAGAAUAAUCAAUAAAGUGCAUCCAGAUGCAUCUUCAGCGGAGGAACCACUUACAACGCAAGCGAAUCGUCCUUUGCGCAGACGGAUUAUGUCCUUAGAAUUGCCGGUGUUUUUGCUCUUCCUCUCUAUGAUGCUAUCGCAUCCUGUAAUGCUGAAUCAGGAACUUUACCAAACCUGUGUAGCUGUAUAUCAUUACAACGAGAGUAGCUGCGAACCUCUACGCGGUAUUAUUCCCAAGACGGAGGAGGCGAAAGUUAUCGAAAAACAUCUCCAGCCUUAUGUGGCCCAAAUCACUAUGACCAACUCUAUACUACAUAAUGUAUGGCCGGGAAUUCUCGUUCUCUUCAUCGGGCCAUGGUCAGAUAAAUUUGGGCGACGACCAGUGAUGUUGGCAGCAUUUACAAGCUCACUUCUCGGUCACAUCAUCACCGCAACAUUGGUCAGCAUUUCUAAGCUGGUGUCGCUUAAUCCUUGGUUUUACUUAUUAGGCGGUAUUCCAUCCGCACUUGUUGGCGGUGCCAACUCAUUGAUUACCGUCGUCUUCUGUUAUAUAUCUGAUGUCUCUGAUAUGGAAAGUAAACCAAAGCGGGUGUUCUAUAUUGAUAUGGUUAUGGGUGUGGGUGUAGUACUUGGCAAUGUGUUGAGCAGUUACUUGUUGCGGCUCACGAGCGUUGCUAUGGUGUGUGCCACGGCUGCCACACUUGUGUUUAUCGCUUUACUCUACAUUUUAUUUUUUAUUGGAGAAAGUUUGGAUGUUGAGGAAACAAGCUUUGCGCAUAAAGCAAAACGCUUCUUUGAUGUCCAACUUAUCAAGGACCUAGUGAAGACUUGUGUGGCACGACGUCCAAACUAUGGACGCGCCAUAAUCGGUUGCACAAUUUCCGUUUUAAUGACAACGAGCUUCAUACUUCACGGUGAACUCGGUGUAUUCUACUUGUUUUUACGUAACAAAUUCAAUGUCACUUUGCAACAGUUCACAUAUUAUAAUGCCACUGUAAUCACAAUUAAAAUGACAGGAUGUUGUGUUGCUUUUGCGGUAUUCAGAAAGCUCUUCAAAAUAUCUUUUGCCGCGAUUGCUAUGAUGGGUCUGGCUGGUUGUAUUAUGGACAGUUUAACGCGGGCUUUGGCGCAGAGUUUCUGGCAAAUGUAUAUGGCAUCCGCCUUUGGACUUAUGUCAGGCAUUACCACGCCCAUGUUACAGGCAAUCGUUUCGUUAGCAGUGCCAUCAAAUGAGAUUGGCAAAGUUUACUCCUUAGCUUCGUGUUUUCAAACGCUCUCACCCUUGGUUUCCGCUCCAUUAUAUACACUCGUCUACAAUGGAACUCUGAAUUUUUAUCCUGGAUUCUUCAAUUUUAUCAGCACGUCUCUAUUUGUGGUGUGCUUUAUUGUAAUGAUUGUGAUAAACAUUUUUGAGCGAAGAGUUGCAAACAGACCAAAUGUACCUGAAACAGAAAAGGGCGAAAUGGAAAAUCUCAAAAGUGAAAAACCGAGGACCGAAUCAGCUAACACAUCUUAG